AUGAUGUUGCAUUUCCUGAUUCUAAUGUUGGGCACAGUUUCCCCGGUGGAAGGACGACCGAUGCUAAAGCCAAGGGCUUUGAAGGGCUCGGACUCCCGCGAUAUGUUUGUUGCACUGCCGGUCGCUGCACAGGGACAGGCCGUCUUACCGGUGGAUUCAGGAGGACAGAUCGUACCGGUAGCAGCGGACAGAAAUGAUAAACAUUCUCGAAGCGGAUCCUAUUCAUAUGCUCUUGGAAGCGAUAUGUAUGUCGUCGUCCAAGACAGGAGUGCAGCUGGUGGUAGGAGUGCAGCUGGUGGCAAGAAUAAUGCAGCUGGUGGCAAGAGUGCGAGAGGAUUCAAGAGUUCUGACAACGAUGUUCUUAUCGUUGAUUAUGGCAAUGGCAUUGGAAAGAGUGGAGCUUCAGGUGGACGAAGUGACAAUGGAAAAAGUGACCAUGGGAAAAGUGGGGGUCGAUCAAAUGAUUUUGGAGUUGUCAAUGGGGAUGCAGGAUCCAAAAAGGACAGCGGCAGUCGCUACGUUCCCAUUGUUCCACCAACUCCUAUCGCACCGUCUCCCCACCCUGCGAUUGCACCCACACUAAAUGCUCAAACUUGGCCACCCAUAAAUGCUGAAACUGUGCCGCCAACUCUAAUUCAAAUUACGCCAGCUCCCACAGUCCCUCCAAUUCCAGCGCCAACGCCAGCUCCUCCAACUACCAGCACAUUGUCUCCUACUUGCCAUAACCCAACAACAAAGCCCACUCGAAUCCCCACUUCUCCACCUACCAGACCUCCAACAAAGAAACCAACAAAUUCGCCAACAAAGAAACCAACAACAAAGGCGCAACGCUUGCGCCAACCUUCAAGCCACCCACGCUCACGCCGACUUUGA